UUAACUCCUAUCUUAUCAUUGUUUAUCAAUGUGUGGGGACGGAAACAUAUUUCUUUAUUCAUUUGUUUGAAGGAAAACAACAUUUCAUUCAGUGUUUUUAGAUUCACGACAAUUUUAAUAUCCCUAAUUAUUGUAAAUAAGAAAUGCCAGUUAGAAAAAUGGUAGAUCAAUGUCUGGAGUGAAUAAUACAGUAGAUUACAAUUAAGUCUAAUGUAAAUUAAAUAUGGUCGCUUGUGAAUUGGAUAAAGAGGUAGCCGGUGAAAUACUUGGUUGGAAGCUACCGCCAUGGCAAGCGUUACUGCUGCACCGAGUACUGCCUGCUUGCGGUGGCCUUAUUGUGUACGUGAUAGUAAUGUGUUUUGAUCUGGCCCUUGUCGCAGAGCAUUUCAUAAAUGGCGAAGAUGGGUUGGGAUCUUUUUGCAUGAUUCUUAUGACGCUGCCUUCGAUAAUAUCGUUGGUAUUUACUCUCGCAUCACCACCUCCAGGAUUUCAAACUGAUCUAUCUGCAUUUAAUAUUAGCGUAGAGAAGAAUGAUGUGCGCUGGAUAGUGAUGCAGUUUGUUAAUGCUGUUUUCUUCCCUAUAGCUGCUAUAGGCAGAUACUGCUCUCAAAUAUUCUGGUGGGUUGAAGCGGUGUGUGCGUCACGUGAUUUUGAUGAGGAUCGAACCAAGGAAGCGUUAUUGGAAGCAAAGUCUCCGUCACCCAUGGAGUUGUAUUUGUUUCUGCAGGCUUUUCUACAUUCCGCGCCGCACGCUAUUGUCAAUAUAUUGGAUCUAAUGAUGAGAUAUUCAGGCGCCACGUUCGAUAAAGUUUCACUUCAGGCAAUAAGUAUCAUCGCUUCAGCUCUUCGAAUGGCUAGCACAGCGACUGUUUAUAGAAGAUUUUCUAGAGAGAAAUUAAGCGGCCGCCGUUACCCAUGGAGUAAGGUUCCCGAUAACGAUACCGAAAAUGAAAAUAUGAAAAAGGAAACCCAAGACAAUACAAAAAAAGACGAAAAUAUAUACGAAACAAUAAAGAAAAGAGACUCGCCUUUUUCAGACGCAAGAGAUAGUGGAAUUAAGAGCGACAGUGACCUGAUACAAUUUUCGCCUAGAACUACAUUACAGUCAGCAUUUUACGAUGAUAUUCAUUCAGAUUCGGACAAUAGUUCAGAUUACAUGCCCUUAUCUCCUGGUAAAUACGGACAGACUUCGGCGCUGGACAGCGACGACGAGUAUAUUCAACCUGUCUCAAUUAUAGAUAGAGUGGCGCCGCGGAGGCGAGAUACUGGGUACACAAUCGAAAGAGUUAGUAUUACUCCUCCUCCUGCAAUGCCAGCUCCAAGACCAGGUUCUAUAGCUGUAUGGGCUGAGAAACUUGUAGAAAAUGCCGAAGCUAUUCCAACAUGGCUGUCAGCUCCACCAAGGAGAAAAUACUGCGACGAAGUAAUUCAAAGCGAACCAGACAUUCCACGUCGCGUGCCAAGGUCAUACAUGAGAGGUCUCGAGCCUCCAGAUGCUACAGCUGCUUUAGUACAUUAUUUGGGAUGGUACUCAUUUUUUGUAGGGCGAUUAAUUUCUAUAGCCUGUUUUAUAAACUUCUUUCCGGUUGCUGCUAUUAUUGUCCUCUUCUGUCAUUACCAAGUAAUGUUAUUAUUAUUGAUAGUACCACAAGCUAGUACAGUUAAAAGAAGUUUCUAUAUUUUCCUUGCGUUUAUAUAUAUAUUUUGUUUGAUGGAAUUCAAGAUACGGUUUCGUCAUGUGCGCGUGUGGCACAUGUUUUGGAUUAUACUUUGUACGAUAGAGACUAUUAUAUUCACAGCUCUCUGGGCAACCAUAGACAAUAAUAUAGAAGUUUGGUGGAGAUACUUCAUAGUAAAAGUCAUAUUUGGGAGUACUGUAUUAAGCUACUUAUGUUUUUUGGUAUAUUUUGUACUUUUACAACCAAGAGAAACUAUUGUUAAUAUAAAAAAUAAAAAUACUGGUUCGUAGACUGUAAUUUUGCUUAUAAUGAUUAUAAACAAAGUUUACCUACCAAAAAUGAAGUUUACCUAUAAUUCAAUCAUCACUUUCCAUGAAGAGGAAAACAAAAAACAUCCCUAUUAAUACUUUGAUACUAAAUAUAUAAUAAACACAGUUGAAAAUCUAUCUUAA